AAGAUUUUGGGAGAGUUCAGACCCUUGGCUUUCAGUUUGCCUCUGAAGAGAAACUUCCUUGAAUGCAAAAGGGGGCGGGGGUGUGGAGGCUUUGUCAUCCAGGACUGUUACGGGUACAGCCCAAGACGUGAGGCAAGGGAGGGAGUGGUCCGCGGGUGGGAUCUGUCGAACAGACAAAUUAUGAAGCUCCUGUCCCCCGAAGUACAACUUGUCUCUUCCUGACUGAAGAGAAAGGCAUCCGAGGUGCCUCUCUCAGGGACCCGUACAGGAGAGAAAAGCUACCGAGAUAGGAGUGGGCAGGAUUAGGCGAGACAUGUUCCCGAAACGGUGCCCUGCCCUUGCUCCGGAAGAACGCUACCGCCGAGCCGGGGCCCCGAAACGGGUUUUGGGAGUUGAUGACAGUAACGUGGGGGAUGGCAGCUCUCAGAAGCUGGCAACUGUUAAUCUUCUUCGCUUCCUGUCGCUGGUCCUGAUUCCAUGCAUCUGUGCUCUUGUCGUUCUACUGGUGAUCUUGCUCUCUUUUGUUGGAACAUUAAAAACGACCUAUUUUAAAUCAAAUAAAAGUGAACCUUUGGUAACCGAUGGUGAAGUCCAAGUCCCUGAUAUUAUUCUUAUAAAUACAGUAUAUAAUGAGAGUACAGUGACACCUACUGCUCGACCCACUCAACACCUUCCAGCCUGGGAUAUGGAAACUCCUUUCCGUGGGGACCAGCAUCACAGGAAUACAAGUGCCUGCAUGAACAUCACCCACAGCCAAUGUCAGAUGUUGCCCUACCACACCACACCCACAUCUCUAAUCUCAACCAUUGAAAACAUAGAAACAGAGAAGUUCCUCAAGUUCUUCACCUACCUCCAUCGCCUCAGUUGCUAUAAAUAUAUUAUGCUAUUUGGCUGUAGUCUCGCCUUCCCUGAGUGCAUCAUUGAUGGUGAUGACAGGCAUGGCCUCCAGCCUUGUAGAUCCUUCUGUGAGGCUGCAAAAGAAGGCUGUGAAUCUGUCCUGGAGAUGGUGAAUGCCUCCUGGCCCGGUUUCCUAAAAUGCUCCCAGUUUAGAAACCAAUCUGAAAGCAGCAACAUCAGCAGAAUUUGCUUCUCACCUCAGCAGGAAAAUGGAAAGCAAUUGCUCUGCGGAGGGGGCGAUCACUUCCUGUGCACCAGUGGAAUCUGUGUCCCCAGGAAACUGCAGUGUAAUGGCUACAACGACUGCGACGACUGGAGCGACGAAACUCAUUGCAACUGCAGUGUGGAUCUGUUUCGCUGUCACACGGGCAAGUGCCUUAAUUACAGCUUUGUGUGUGACGGAUUUGACGACUGCGGGGAUCUCAGUGAUGAACAAAACUGCGACUGUGAUUCCGCCAAGGAGCAUCGCUGCGGGGAUGGGCGCUGCAUUAUAGCCGAGUGGGUGUGUGAUGGUGACCACGACUGUGUGGACAAGUCUGAUGAGGCCAACUGCUCCUGCCACACCCAAGGUCUGGUGGAAUGCAGAAAUGGACAGUGCAUCCCAAGCACUUUCCAAUGCGAUGGAGAUGAAGACUGUAAGGAUGGAAGUGACGAACAGGACUGCGGCAACAGUCAGACUCCAUGUCAAGAAGGAGACCAGCGAUGCCUCUACAGUUCCUGCCUCGAUUCAUGUGGUGAUAGCUCCCUAUGUGACCCGGACAACGGUCUGAGUAACUGUAGUCAGUGUGAACCAAUUACACUGGAACUGUGCAUGAAUUUGCCCUACAACCACACAAAAUAUCCAAAUUACCUUGGCCACAGGACUCAAAAGGAAGCAUCCAUCAGCUGGGAGUCCUCUCUUUUUCCGGCACUUGUUCCGACCAACUGUUACAAAUACCUCAUGUUCUUUGCUUGCACCAUUUUGGUACCAAAGUGUGAUGUGACUACAAGCCAACGCAUCCCCCCUUGCAGAGCACUGUGUGAGCACUCUAAAGAGCGCUGCGAGUCUGUUCUUGGGAUCGUGGGCCUACAGUGGCCUGAAGACACAGAUUGCAGUCAAUUUCCAGAGGAAAAUUUAGACAAUAAAACCUGCCUAAUGCCUGAUGAAGAAGUGGAAGAAUGUUCACCUAGUCACUUCAAGUGCCACUCAGGAGGAUGUGUUCUGGCUUUCAGAAGAUGUGAUGGUCAGGCUGAUUGUGAUGAUGACAGUGAUGAAGAAAACUGUGGCUGCAAAGAGAGAGAUCUUUGGGAAUGUCCAUCCAAUAAACAAUGUUUGAAGCACACAGUGAUUUGUGAUGGGUUUCCAGACUGCCCUGACAAUAUGGAUGAAAAAAACUGCUCAUUUUGCCAAGAUGAUGAACUGGAAUGUGCCAACCAUGAGUGUGUAUCACGUGACCUGUGGUGUGAUGGAGAAGUUGACUGCUCAGACAGCUCCGAUGAAUGGGACUGUGUGACCCUCUCUAAAACUGUGGACUCCUCUUCGCUCCUGAGUGUUCACCGGUCUGCAACAGAACACUACGUGUGUGCAGAUGGCUGGCAGGAGACACUGAGUCAGCUGGCCUGCUGGCAGAUGGGUUUAGGAGAACCAUCUGUGACGGAGUCAAUACCAGAAGAGGAGGAAAUCCAGCAGUGGCUGAGGUUGCGCUCCAACUGGGAGAACGUCAGUGGGACCACUGUACACAAACUGCUGGUACCUGGGCAGUCUUGUCCCAGCAGAAAUAAGAUCUCUCUUCUGUGUACUAAAGAAGACUGCGGGCGUCGCCCUGCUGCCCGAAUGAACAAGAGGAUCCUCGGGGGUCGCACAAGUCGCCCUGGAAGGUGGCCUUGGCAGUGCUCUCUGCAGAGCGAGCCCAGUGGACACAUCUGUGGCUGUGUCCUCAUUGCCAAGAAGUGGGUUCUGACCGUUGCCCAUUGUUUUGAGGGGAGAGAGAAUGCUGCUGUGUGGAAAGUGGUGUUUGGCGUCAACAACCUGGACCAUCCGUCUGUGUACAUGCAGACGCGCCUUGUGAAAACCAUCGUCCUGCAUCCCCGCUACAGCCGCGCAGUGGUGGACUAUGACAUCAGCAUAGUCGAGCUGAGUGAAGACAUCAGUGAGACGAGCUACGUCCAGCCCAUCUGCUUACCUCGCCCAGGGCAGUCUCUAGAACCAGACACGUACUGCUACAUCACGGGCUGGGGUCACAUGGGCAACAAGAUGCCUUUUAAGCUGCAAGAAGGAGAGGUCCGCAUUAUUUCUCUGGAACAGUGCCAGUCUUACUUUGACAUGAAGACCAUCACCACCAGGAUGAUAUGUGCUGGCUAUGAGUCUGGGACAGUUGACUCAUGCAUGGGUGACAGCGGUGGACCUCUUGUUUGCGAGCAGCCUGGAGGACAGUGGACAUUGUUUGGUUUAACUUCAUGGGGCUCAAUUUGCUUUUCCAAAGUUCUGGGUCCUGGAGUGUAUAGCAACGUGUCAUAUUUCAUUGGAUGGAUUGAGAAGCAAAUAUAUAUCCAGAGCUUCCUUCUAAGGGAGCCCAAGGGGGAUCAGAGCCCUGUGUCAGCAACACACAGAGAGAAAGGCCUUGCCUGAGAAGAGCUCCCUGCGGAGGGCUGGACAGAGCUACUUUGCGCGAACAAGGAGCUCCAUGUGCACUGAGAAUUUUAAUGUUUGCUUUAGACCAAUUUUAUUAGACUGUUUUCCCCCCAACUUUUGGCCUAAUUUAAAAUUUGAUGAAAAGCUUUAAAAAGAAAAGCAAGAAGGGUUUUGCCAGGUCUAACCUUGAGUGUAGUAUGAAAGUACGUAGCAACUCUGAAGAGAGAUUUAAAAUAUGCAGCCCUCCAGUUCAACAGGUUACAAAAAGUUCCCCUUGGUUCUGUCUCCAAAAGGACAUAAAUUCAGACUGAUUGAACUCCAGUUUCUGUUUCUCAAGCACAGUAUUUUAGGUGAAAAUCUCACUAUUAACAGUGGAGACUGGGUCUUGAUUUACUAAAAGCCAAAAUAAUUUAUGAGUUUACUUACUCUUCUGAAGUUUGCAUAAUUCAGAGAAUUAAUGAAAGAGAGUGGUUAAAAACAACAGCAUCCAUUUAGGUUGCUGAAAUCAUAACACAAAUGCAAAGUUCUCUAGCCAUCAAGAUUGACACCUGGAAUAUCAGUUCUGUCCAUUCUGGACUCAAGUCAAGUUUGUGAUUUUACAGGAAAGCUCUACUGCUCUUUCCUCAUUUCUGGAGCUUUCUAGUACAUAUCAGCCAAUUGAGAUUUCUACAACUAAAUCAAUAGUCAUGGGAAAUAUAUGUUCUGCCUAUGUUAAAAUGAAACGGAGCUGAAAGUUUACCAAAGGACAUUGGAGAAAUAUAAUUAAAAAAAAAUUACAAUGUACCCCACACCAAAUUAAAUAUGAAAAUUUUGUUUUCCUGUGUUCAUUCAUACCAGUAAAGCCACAGAAAUGUAUUUCAAAGCACAGUGAGACAUUGCACAGAAUAAAACAUUUUGUAAUUUUCCCUAACUAUGUCUAACAUCUGGUGUUGCCAUUUCUCCUCAUUGAUAAUUAAAAACAAAAUCUGAAAGUUAUAAGCACUAGGCCACUUUACAUAAAUCAAUUUCUGGAGCAAUUAGUGGUUAAAAGUCUUUUUUUCUCCACUAAAAACUUCAAGGCACAAAUCUUCAUACGUACUAAUUUAAUUAGACAUUCAUUUUGCAACAUGCCUUUUUUUUCCUGUUUUUUGUACUGGGAUUGAACUUGGGACCUUGUGCUUAUGAGGCAAGCAGUGGAACCACUGAGCUAAAUUCCCUGCAACAUGCCUUUGGAACAUGUAGAAUUUGUUACUAACCUCCACCAGCAACCUGGACUGCCUCAGCAAUCCAAAUAAAGACUACCUGCGAUUUUAUACAUGAAUUUUUUGUAUACAAAUUUUGUAUACAACUUUUCUAUAUUUGAAAUUCAAAAAGUUGUUUUGACACUUACUUUCCACGUUACUCAUCUUCUGUCCUAUAAGCCUAGAGAGAAUGGAAAUCUCACCAUUGAAUUGUGGUCACAGCUGUGUGAAAGUUGAAGAACAUGUCAGUUUUGUUAUAGUAGUAGGUACCUGCUUAAUGUAACAACUUUUAUUAGACUUGCUCAACUUGUGUUCAUUGAAAUGUACAUAUUGUACUUAUUUUAAGUAAUUCUGAAUUCAAAUAAAGUGGUAUUAUCUUUUUGUAUGAAUAUGGAAUCUAGA